AUGGAUACAAACUUGAAAGCAACAGAGGACAUCAACAAUGUAAUUGAUAGCAUGUUGCAAGAAAGCGACAAGUUAAAGAGUAAACUCAGAAAGAUCAUUGCCCACUAUGAACAUAAAUCACCAAAGAAAACAACAGUCAACCUGUCUACAUCUUGUAGUUCUGUAACAACUAUACAUAGUAUUGAAGUACCACCUUUGCCAAUACCAAGCAAAAACCAAGAGUAUGUCCCUACCCCUUUUGUAAUCCAAUCUAUCAAUGCUGGGGAUGACCUUCCUUCAGCAUUGCUACAAGUUUUGUCAUUUCAGAAAAUGCAGAACAACACAGAUGAUACUGACAGACAUAAAUUAGUAUUAUUUGAUGGCAAAUACAUGACUAUUGUAAUACUUAGUCUGGAAGUGAAACAAAGUGUUUGCCCAUUCUUUGGAAAACUAGAAUAUCUAUUCAAAGAACAACAUCCAGAAAUUAUGUCUGAGGAUAGACCAUCAACAUCUAAACAGUCGCUUCAGUUUGCAACUGAAUUGCCAUCCCCACAAACAACAACUUCUGAAAAUAUAAGUCCUAUAAAAACUUUGAAUCCAUACCAAAAUAAAUGGACAAUCAAAGGGAAAGUUACUCAUAAAUGGCCUAUUAAGGCAUAUAGCAUAGCCACCAAAAAUGGCCAUGUCUUUAGCUUUGACAUUGUUGAUUGUGAUGGUUCUAAAAUUAGAAUUACAUGUUUUGAUGAGAUAGCUAAGUUACACUAUAACCGUGUGGACAUAGGUUCACAUUUUAUUAUUUCAAAAGGAUAUGUUAAGGAGGCAAAUGCAAGGUACAACAAACUAAACAGUCAUUUAGAAAUCACCUUGUCUGAUACAUCCAUAGUAAAACACUGCACCAACGAAGAACAAGCAGAUCAACAAACUGCUCCUUUCACACCUAUUGGUGAAUUGUUUCAACCAACAAACAAUACACUAGUUGACAUUAUUGGUCUUGUUCUAUAUGUUGGAGAUAUCAUUCCUAUUCACAGGAAAGAUGGCAGUCAAACACAAAAAUGUGUUGUGAAAAUUAAUGAUCUAUCUAUUUCAACAAUUGACAUCAACUUAUGGGGCUCAAUAGCAGAACAAAAGGGCCUGGAAUUGAAAAAUAUGUUGACCAAUGAUAGUGUGGUAAUCCUUGCUUUACGUAAUGCUUGUGUUGGCUAUUUCAAUGGAAAGCUUGUGAACAUAACAGCUGCAACAACAUUACAUAUCAACCCAAGUUUCCCAGAAGCAGAGCUUCUAACAUCAAGAGGAAGGGACCCUUUGCUUGCUCUACCCUUUGUUGCAGAAACUAUCCACAUAGACAACAAAUAUACUAGAAUGACAAUCUCUUCGAUCCGUGAGCGGAUGAGCAUCAAACCAUAA